AUGAGCCUCAACAAGCUGAGGUUCAAGGAUGUACACACAGUGGAUGAUAAAAAACAUGGGAUUGUCAAGAGGAAUCUUUCGGUGAAUUCUGCAAACCAACGACUAAAAGGUUCUUGCCCACUAAUGCCAGAAGAGAUUGGUAUUAUUCUUUGUGCAUAUGGAUACUUGUGGGACAUAAUAAUAUAUGUAUCUGGGGGCGAAAUUUUUGGUGGCCAAAGGAAAUUGAUCCCUCUUCUCACAAUGUUUAAAAAUGUUGUUGAUAGGACCUCCCUCAGCAUUUUCUGGGAGCUUAGUAGGAUUUAUGGUCAUGAGGCUAACCUCUUUGAAAGUAAUUCCAGGAGUCCACCUACAGUUGAGGAAGAGAUGAAGGUUGAAGCAUGGAAAACUGUAGGGCCACGUCCUUUUCCACCGCCUUCAGCCAGGCCCAGAUCAUAUAACAUUGAAGGUAAUGGGACAUCCAAAUUUUAUCGUGAUGGUAAUGGGACAUCCAAAUUUUAUUGUGAUGGUAAUGGGACUAGACUCUAUCAGUCAGCUGCAUCAAAAAUAUACAGGCCAGACAGAAAAGAAGUCGUCAGGCUCUUGGAAGAAAUCAGUGACCACCUCUACCAUGCAAACCAUACAUGGCUAAUGUCUGUGCACAAGUAUUUGAGAAAGAGAUUGGUUGAUGGGUUAUUAGAAGCCUCCACAGUAUCCAAGUCAAUGUCUUUUAUCCCUCAUCCAGUCCCUGAAUGUUCUUGCUUGAGGUGUGAUUAUGCUGGAAAAUCCAUCAAUGCUUCAACAUCAACUCCUCCUAGUCACUCUCAAGUUAUUGCUGCUCUUGGAAUUUUGCACUUUUGUCCGGCUUGGAUGGAGAAUGAUUUGACAUUACAGACAAAAGGCAAGAAAAAUGAGGAAGCUUUAUAG